AUGCGCUUCCGUAGCGUGAGCCCUGUCAACGACUUCCCGCCGAGCCGCAUGUCGCCGCGGACCGUCUGCUUGCCGUCCCUGGUGCGCACUCGCCCGGCCAGGACGUUCAGCAGCGACGUCUUGCCCGACCCGGAGGGGCCCAUCAGCGCGCAGACGUCGCCGCCGUUCAGCUGGCCGCUGAUGUUGCUCAGGAUCUCCUUCUCCCCCUUGCGGGUGACGACGGUGUACCCGACGCUCUGCCACGUAAAAUCGGCGCCGAACUUCUUCGAGGGCGAGCCUCCCGCGCUCACUGCCGGGGGCUCCUCCGCCAUGGCGGAGCGACGAGUGCCGGCGGCUGGAGCGGAGCGCGCGCGCGCGAGGGCCCAGGCUCGAGCCCGAACCUUGAGCUGA